UUCCAUAAACCCACAGGACCAACACAAGUGAAGAAAGACGCUGAUAUAGCUUCUUUCAACCUUUCGGCUUUUGUUUCUCUUCUAGAGGGAAAAAAAUGGCUGUUUCCGGUGGCGGCAAGGACCAGUCUCACAAAGCGCACAGGUCGCACCAGUCUGGCGCCUCUGCAAAGAAGCCAAAGGAUAAUAAGAGGAAGCGCCCUAGCGAAGAAGUUGACGGUGAUGGAGACCAUGACAAAUCUAAGCAGCAGAAGCGAAACCCUAAGGCAUUUGCUUUUAAGUCAUCCGUGAAAGCCAAGCGAAUGCAGUCGAGAGCGGUUGAGAAAGAGCAGAAGAGGCUUCGUAAUCCUAUUCCUGAUCGGUCUUAUGGUGAGCCACCUCCAUAUGUAGUUGUGGUGCAGGGACCGCCUAAGGUUGGAAAAUCGCUUUUAAUUAAAUGUCUUGUAAAGCAUUACACCAAGCAAAAUUUACCUGAGGUCCGAGGCCCAAUUACUAUCGUAUCAGGCAAGCAAAGGCGGGUACAAUUUGUGGAGUGCCCAAAUGAUAUAAAUGGCAUGAUCGAUGCUGCAAAGUUUGCUGAUCUGGCACUGCUUCUCAUAGAUGGAAGUUAUGGUUUUGAAAUGGAAACAUUUGAGUUCCUUAAUAUUUUGCAAAUGCAUGGAUUCCCAAAGGUUAUGGGAGUUCUUACACAUCUGGAUAAGUUCAAGGAUCCAAAGAAACUGAGGAAAACAAAGCAACGACUGAAACAUCGUUUCUGGACAGAGAUAUAUGAUGGAGCGAAAUUAUUUUAUUUAUCUGGUUUGAUUAAUGAAAAGUACACAAAACGUGAAAUUCACAAUCUUGCCCGGUUCAUAUCCGUCAUGAAAUUUAGUCCUUUGUCUUGGCGAACUUCUCAUCCUUACAUUUUGGUAGAUCGCUUUGAAGAUGUUACUGCUACUGAAAGAGUACAGACCAAUCCCAAAUGUGACAGGAAUGUCAUUCUCUAUGGUUAUUUGCGAGGCUGUAAUUUGAAAAAGGGGACAAAGGUGCAUAUUGCUGGUGUCGGUGAUUAUACUCUAGCUGGUGUUUCAGAACUUGCUGAUCCUUGUCCUUUACCAUCAGCUGCCAAAAAGAAGGGACUGCGUGACAAGGAGAAACUCUUUUAUGCGCCAAUGUCCGGCCUUGGGGAUCUCCUGUAUGACAAGGAUGCUGUCUAUAUAAACAUAAAUGAUCACUUUGUUCAAUUUUCCAAAGUUGAUGAUGAGAAUCAGAAAACAACACGAAAAGGAAACGAAAGGGAUGUGGGUGAGGUUUUGGUGAAGUCACUUCAGAAUACAAAAUAUUCACUUGAUGAGAAGUUACAAAAUAGCUUCAUUAACUAUUACAGUCGGAAGCCUGGCAUCUCAUCAGAAGCUCAGAAUGAUGUGAAAAAUGCUCAUCAACAUGUAGAUCAAGUUGAUGUGGACCCUUCAAUGCAACCUCAAUCUGGCAAAAAAAUUGAAGCAGAUCUGGAUGAUUCAGAGUCGUCAGAUCAAGAUGAAGCUUUUCCAAGUGGUGCGAUGAUGACUAGUGAAGGUAAUGACUCUGAUAAUGAAAAUGGCAGCAAAUCAGAGCAGGAAAUUCACCUGGGACAUUCUGAGUUUCAUUGUGGAAGGCUAAGAAGAAAGGUUUUCUUGCAAAAUGAUGUUGACCAUAAUGAUGUGAAGGAGUCAGAUGAAGAGAAUGAUCAUGCUGAUAGUAGUGACGAUAAUGAUGACGGCGACGACAAUGAUGGCAGUGAUAAAGAUGAUUUGGAGAGUCAGACAUAUUCUGGUUCUGAUUUUUCUGACGACGAUGAAGGGGACACCAAAAGUGAUGAAGAUGACAUGGGAAACAUAUCGAAGUGGAAGGAGUCAUUAGUGGAGCGUACUCUCUCUAGACAAAAUGUUAACCUCAUGCAAAUUGUCUAUGGGAAAUCUGCAUCAGCAUCAGCAUCAGCAUCAACCGGUUCUGUAAAUGAAGAGGAGGAGAAAAGUGAGGACGGGGAAAGUGAUGGAGAAGAGUUUUUUAGGCCAAAAGGAGAAGGCAGUAAGAAUUUAAGAGGAGAAGAUGGUGAAAUUGUUAAUGCUGAAGACUGUUCCAGGUUUCUGAAUUAUGGUAACCUCAAAGAUUGGAAAAAGGAAGAAAUAUAUGAAAGUAUCCGAGAUCGUUUUGUUACCGGUGACUGGUCGAAAGCUGCUCGCAGAAAUCAAAACUUGGGCGCUGAUGUUGAAGAGGAUGAUUCUGUUUAUGGUGAGUUUGAAGAUCUAGAGACGGGAGAGAGGUAUGAGGGCCAUCGUACAGAUGAUUCUGGGGAUGCUUUAAUCCAGAAAGAAAACAACUCAGAAAGUGAGGAGCGAAGGCUAAAAAAGCUCGCACUUCGUGCCAAAUUUGAUGCACAAUUUGAUGGAUCCGAGUUAUCAGAUGGGGAAAUAGAUGAGAAAGAUGGAGCCAAGUUUCAUCACACUCAAGCAAAUGAAAGUGAACAUUUCGACAAGCUAAAGGAGGAGGAUGAACUUAGAAGACAAAAGAAUAUUGCUGAACUCAAUGAUCUUGGUGAGACUGAUCGAUUAGAGAUAGAGGGUUUUCGUACAGGAAUGUAUUUAAGAUUGGAGGUUCAUGAUGUUCCCUGUGAGAUGGUUGAGUAUUUUGAUCCUUGCCAUCCUAUUCUGGUUGGGGGCCUUGGUCGUCAUGGUGAGGAAAAUGUUGGAUACAUGCAGGCCAGGUUAAAGCGACACAGGUGGCACAGAAAAGUUUUGAAGACACGAGACCCCAUAAUCGUGUCCAUUGGGUGGAGGCGUUACCAAACUACACCUGUUUAUGCGAUUGAGGAUCGUAAUGGGAGGCAUCGCAUGCUCAAAUACACUCCAGAACACAUGCAUUGUCUUGCCAUGUUCUGGGGUCCCCUUGCCCCGCCCAAAACAGGAGUGGUUGCUGUACAGAAUUUAUCAAACAACCAGGCUGCAUUCCGCAUCACAGCAACUGCAGUUGUGCUUGAGUCUAACCACGCUGCUCAGAUAGUUAAGAAAAUCAAGCUGGUUGGUUAUCCAUGCAAGAUCUUCAAGAAGACUGCACUUAUCAAGGAUAUGUUCACUUCAGACCUUGAAGUUGCUCGGUUUGAAGGUGCGGCUGUUCGAACUGUCAGUGGUAUCCGGGGACAGGUCAAAAAGGCUGCAAAGGAAGAGAUCGGUAACCAACCCAAAAAGAUGGGAGGGGUACCCAGAGAGGGGGUUGCAAGGUGCACUUUUGAGGACAAAAUUCUGAUGAGUGAUAUUGUUUUCCUGCGUGCGUGGACUCAAGUUGAAGUUCCUACCUUCUACAACCCGUUAACCACAGCCCUCCAACCACGUGAUGAGACUUGGCAAGGAAUGAAAACUGUUGCUGAAUUGAGAAGAGACCUUAAUAUUCAUAUUCCUGUUAAUAAGGAUUCGCUAUACAAGCCAAUUGAAAGGACACCCAAGAAGUUCAACCCGCUAAUAAUUCCCAAGUCAUUACAAGCUGCUCUCCCAUUUGCAUCCAAACCGAAAGAUAUACCCAGUCGGAAAAUGCCACUCCUUGAAAAUAGAAGAGCUGUUGUCAUGGAGCCUCACGAGCGUAAAGUUCAUGCUCUUGUUCAACACCUUCAACUGAUUAAGCAUGAGAAGAUGAAGAAGAGGAAACUGAAGGAAGAACAGAAGAGGGGAGCACUUGAAGCAGAGAAAGCUAAGGAUGAAAAAUUGACUAAAGAACGCCAGAGAGAACAACGGCGAGAGAGAUAUCGGGUGCAAGAUAAACAAAAGAAGAAGAUGAAGAGAGUUUCUGAAUCCUGAUAAGCCAAACAUAGCACCAUCAAUCUUAUAAAUUAAAUUGAAAUCCACAAAUCAGCUCCAGUCUUCUAUCAAGUGUGAAUUUUAUCACUUGGGAUUUGUGGGUGCACCAACAGACAAGAAACUGGUCAUCGACUCAUCAUGUAUAAUGGGCCACAAUGAAAGGGGGUACUUCAAUUUGUGGAAGUAGAUGUGCUGUCAAGGACGCGCACUUGUGCCAAACUGGUUGCUUACAUUAAAAUUCAAUAAUUUUAUCGUACUUUUUUUUUAGCCAUGGUGUAUUUUUGUACAAGUAACUGCACUAUUUAGUUUUGGGUGGGUGGUUUAAUGGUGAACCCUCUUGCAAGAGUAGCAGGCUGGGCAAUGGUCAAUCUCAUAGAAGUUGCAAUUUACUUUAUAAAAAACACCCACCUUUUUGUGAGAUCAA